AUGAAAAGAAGUACCCUACCACCCCUUCCAAGUCACAGAAACGCAAGUAAGCCACCACCUGCCACCAACAUCGCCAACUCUAAAGCGAGCGGUGCCGCCGCCAUUCCCACCGAGAAUACCACCAACGAAUCAUCCCUUCGACUCCGAAAAUCCUCCAGUUCUUCUUCCUCCUCUGCUCUAUCUCAGUCACCUUCAAUCUCCCGACCCGGCAGUUCUUCAACAACUUCAGAGAAAAACGCAACCGCAGCGAAGAAAAAUAAAAAAGCCGCUCACAAUGCAAUCGAAAAAAGGUAUCGUACAAACAUGAGCGCCAAGUUUCUAGCUCUUGGCAACGCUAUUCCUCGAUCGGGACAGAUUGUCACUCAAUUAGCAUCUAUAAAUGGUCAAGAAAGCACUCACAUUGUCAGAACCGAGACUCAGCGGUAG